AUGAAUUUCGUACUGUUAUUGUUUACAUUGCUCCUUUUAGUCACUCGAGCAACGUCAAAAACACUUACUGGAGUUUUCCAAAGUUUUAAUUCGUUGACUUGGGAGAAAGCAGCUCUGUAUAAAUACAGAGGACCGCAAUUUCCGACAUGGAACGCUGCUGUUAAUUGGGCAUUGGAUUCCAAUGCUAAUGCCGGUGAUACAUUUACCUUAAUUAUGCCAUGUGUUUUUAAAUUUACUACUAGUGAAACUUCUAUUGAUUUAACUGUGGGUAGUAAAUCCUAUGCUACUUGUAAUUUCAAUGCUGGGGAACAUUUUACCACUUUUUCUAGUUUGAGUUGUACUGUGACACAGAGUGUUCCUGAUAAUACCAAUGCAUAUGGUACAAUCACUGUUCCACUUGCCUUUAAUGUUGGGGGUUCUGGUCGUGAUGUCGAUACUACUGAUGCAAAGUGUUUUACUACAGGUGACAAUACUGUUACAUUUAGUGAUGGUGAUAAAUCAUUCUCAACUACAGCAAAUUUUGAAGGUGCUGGUACUUUGAAUGAUGAUUAUGAAUCUUCAAGACUCAUUCCUUCACUUGGUAAAACUGAUGCUUUGUUGGUUGCACCAUUGUGUUCCAAUGGGUAUAAAUCAGGUACUAUUGGGUUUUCUUCGAAAGCAAGCGGUUAUUCAAUUGAUUGUAACAAUAUUCAAGCUGGUAUUACUAGUCAAUUGAAUGCAUGGGGUUUUCCAACGGACCUGCAAAGCUUUUCAUACACCACUCAAUGUACUACCACUAGUUAUUCCAUAACUUUUAGUACUAUUCCAAAAGGUUUACGUCCAUUCAUUGAUGCCUAUAUUAAAACACCUACUUCCACAUAUGCGGUGACAUACACUUUCAAAUAUGUUUGUGCCGAUGGAAAAUCAUAUAAUAGUAAUCGAAGUUUGAAUUGGUCCGGAUAUGUUAACGGUGAUGCAGAUUCUGAAGGUAUGGAAAUUGUUGUUGCUACUACUACUGGUACUGGUUCUACUACUGGUGUUACAACAUUACCAUUUGAUAAAACCAAAGACAAAACCAAAACAAUUCAAGUUAUUGAACCAAUUCCAACUACAACAGUUACUACUUCAUACCUCGGUGUCACAACCUCUUUUUCCACCAUUACUGCUACUAUCGGUGGAACUGCUACUGUCAUUGUUGAUGAACCAUACCAUUCUACCACUACGGUUUACAAACCUUGGACUGGUGAAGGUACCACAACAUACACUGUCACCGCUUCCGAUGAUUCAAUUGAUACAGUUGUAAUUGAAACACCUGGACCUAACCCAACUGUCACCACCACUGAAUAUGAUGAUGUUCCUGCAGCUACUACCUACACUGAAACCGCUACUCACGGUGGUACUGAUACUGUUCACGUCAUUGAACCAAUCAACCCAACUGUCACCACCACUGAAUACGAAGACGUUUCAGCUGCUACUACCUACACUGAAACUGCUACUCACGGUGGUACCGAUACUGUUCACGUCAUUGAACCAAUCAACCCAACUGUCACCACCACUGAAUACGAAGACGUUUCAGCUGCUACUACCUACACUGAAACUGCUACUCACGGUGGUACCGAUACUGUUCACGUCAUUGAACCAAUCAACCCAACUGUCACCACCACUGAAAUACGAAGACGUUUCAGCUGCUACUACCUACACUGA